AUGCAGUUUCACCGUCUGGUAACACUGUUUUUAGUUGCUAUUUAUGUAAAUGUUUAGCGAAAUUGCGGAAAAAGUGCAUAUCAGUGCGCUCGAUUGCUGAAAAAGUAGUUGCGUUGCAUCCGGCGAAGAGCCCAUCAAAAGCGGCCCAGUAACCAAGAGACCGGAAGGCCAAAGGAGCCUCAAAUCGACGUGUUGUAUUCGGGGCGCGGCGCCUGAAGAAAACGGACAAAACAUCCUUAAGACAGCCACACAAAGGGACAUCGAUACUUUCAGCCACCACACACAAUGGCCGAACGACCGAAAAAUUUGUUUGCAACCGGAUCAAGUCGCUCCCGCAAUCCCCCGGAUCAGCUCAGCCUGAACAACCUCAGCAUUCGCCAUCCGCCCUCGUCAACGUCGUCCACUUCGUCGGGAUCCACAUCCUCGGGCUCAAGUUCCUCAUCGCAGCAUAACCAUGUAACCCGCUGUUUUGGUGCCCAGCAACCACAACAGGCUCCACCGGUCACCAGUCAUGUGCCCGUAGUACCAGCUACUUCGAGCAGCAGUGCCGCUGAUCGUCACCGGGAACGUAUCCGCCAGCAGGCCUGCGGAAAACUACAAUUCGGCGAGGGCGCCGCCAAUACACACACUUUCACUUCGGACGAUCUCGAGGAUGAGGGCGAAAUCGGGCGUGGAGCCUUCGGAGCUGUAAACAAGAUGAUCUUUAAAAAACUGGACAAGGUAAUGGCCGUUAAACGCAUUCGGUCCACCGUCGACGAGAAGGAACAGAAGCAGCUUCUUAUGGAUCUCGAGGUGGUCAUGAAGUCCAACGAAUGCAUUUAUAUCGUUCAGUUUUAUGGCGCGCUGUUUAAAGAGGGUGACUGCUGGAUUUGCAUGGAACUGAUGGACACCUCGUUGGACAAGUUUUACAAGUACAUUUACGAGAAGCAGCAGCGACACAUUCCUGAGUCCAUACUGGCCAAAAUCACGGUUGCCACGGUGAAUGCCCUUAACUAUUUAAAGGAGGAGCUUAAAAUCAUUCACCGAGAUGUGAAGCCAAGCAAUAUUUUGUUGCACCGUCGGGGUGAUAUAAAGCUGUGUGAUUUUGGCAUUUCGGGUCAGCUGGUUGACUCAAUUGCAAAGACCAAGGAUGCGGGCUGCAGGCCCUACAUGGCGCCGGAACGCAUUGAUCCGGAGCGUGCCAAGGGCUACGAUGUACGGAGUGAUGUUUGGUCUUUGGGUAUUACUUUGAUGGAGGUAGCUACCGGCAAUUUUCCGUACCGCAAAUGGGACUCGGUCUUCGAGCAGUUGUGUCAGGUUGUGCAAGGAGAACCGCCGCGCCUAUUGACAUCCUACAACGGAAUGGAGUUCUCCAAAGAGUUUGUGGACUUUGUCAAUACUUGCCUAAUUAAAAAGGAGAGUGAUCGGCCCAAAUAUAGCCGACUGUUGGAGAUGCCCUUCAUUCGUCGCGGUGAGACGAGCCACACCGAUGUAGCCGUGUACGUGGCCGAUAUCCUGGAGUCGAUGGAGAAGGAUGGAAUAACGCAGUUUACGGCCAACCAGCAGGCCGAGAGUUAAUCACCCUCUGCAAAGAAGCAAGUCAUAAAUUAACUAAGAAUCAACAACAACACAGCAACAAGAUAACUAAGCAGAAGCGGAGCCGAGAAAAUUUAAAUUGUUGUCUACUUUGUAGCAUUCGUAGAAAACCUAGCGCAUAUUUUGUUAAACAGAAAAACAAAACAAAGCGAAAAGUGUGUAAGCUGAUAGUAAGCAAAAUGUGUGUAUAGUUUAAAAGUCCCUAAAAACAGCCUAUUGUAAUUCAAGAAUUUUUGUAUUCGCAGUUUUGUGCGUUUAAUUUUUGUGUUUAAAAUAAAUUUUGUGUUAAAAACAGGCAUACAGCGGGUUAUAGUCGAGUAUUUCGGCCAAUAAUUUGACCAGUUUAGGACGCCCAGCUUAAUGCGUUUUUACCUUUAGUCAAGCGAGCAUUUUAUAAUCCGGUUGAUUUAUCUAUCAUUAUUGAUGAUACAAGACCAAUUCGUAAUGCAUUUUGCGUUAAUAAGCAACUACAUGCAAAACAUAAGCAAUAUUUGUAAAAAAAAACUUCGUUGAAACGAAGCUUAACUACCCAUACAAACUAACAGAAACACCAAGACGCGUUAAAAUGCGUAAAAAAAAAACAAUAGUUCAAAAAAGACUAUUGAAUUAUAAAUUAUUUAUUGAACAGAUUUUGUAAUCCUAUUAUAUUUUUUAAUUUGCAUAUAUGAAAAUGAUUGUGAAAAGCUUUAAAUAAUUGCCAAGCGGCUGAGAUGUUUAAAUUGUAGUAAAAAUUAUUGCAGAGAAAUGCAAAAUUAAUCCCAUAAAAUAUGAAAUAAUUAGCCACACAAAUACACCAACACAUCCACAUACUACACACAUAUACACACACGUUUUUAUGCGUAGUAAUUAGUAUUAAGCGAAGCAAAAAUAUUUAGCAAAAAGUUAAAGCUACAAAAAAGAAAAAAAAAACAAAAACAAGUCAUGUGAAAACUGAAAAUAAAACAAAAUAAAUGUAUUGUGCCUAAGUAUAAACCGAAAUGAUAAACACUCACCAAGAGAACUACAAUUUAAAUUUAAUCAAAACUCAUAAGCCAUUUAUAAUCCUUAGCCUAGCUUUUAAACCCAAGCUUAUAUAGCCGUACUGCAUACACUAUGCCAUCCUGCCCUCCCCCCUCAAAAAAUUCACAUCCACACAAUUGCACCGUCUAAGUCCCCGUCUCAGAAAAACAACACAGAGAAAAAAAACAAAAAGAAAAACAAGUAAAAACUAAAACCAAUGUUUUUUGAUUAACAUUUUUAUGCAAGCGUCAAUGUGAAAGCAAAGUUUAUUUUGUAUACAUAUAUAUACAUGCAUAAUAUAUUUGCACGGGUUGCAUAUAUAGAGUAAGCAAUCAGCAAGAGCCCGCAGCCGUUUUCUUUUAUUUUUUCAAAGUUUUAUUUGCUAAAUAAAAUCCUACAGCAUGCAGCAUUUAGAGCGGAAAUAUAUAUACAAAUAUGACAUACACAUAUAUAUUUUUAUUAAGCCCACAAAACAUCACAGAAUUUGCAAAUAGACUUGUCAAGUAAUAUUCGGCCAGCCGAGACCCUUGUUCGCCCUCUGGGAGAGUAUUAAUAACUAUUGAAAGGGAGAGCAUAUUGCAUUGGAAUAAUCUAAGACAACAGUUAAUUCACAUUCCAUUCAGAAAACCAUAUUAGUGAAGGGCCUACAUCAUUGAUCAAAUAGUUUCUAUAGUUGCUGAGAAAAUAUGACAAUGGUGGCAUACUAACUGACCGCAAUGUUGAAUUUAAUUACCCUAAUCAAGCAGGGCAUAUAGUUGAAAACAAUUACCUAAGUACUUGGGCAGAUCACUUUUGAUAUAACUAGAGGUAGAAAUAAUAAUUAAAAUAAUCAUAUUAUACAACUCAUGUGUAAUGCCAGGAAUAAUGCAAUCGCGAGUCGUCAAUAUGUUUGACAAUAAAUGGAGUAUAAUUUAUUUGUAAAGUAAGAAAAACUGAACGUCCCUUGAGAGGGCUUAUGGGCAAAGGGCAUAUGGAUUGUGUAUAUAUGGUAGAUAUACUAAGGAUACAUUUGACUGGCAAAUAUUUAUAUACUAAUCAAUGAACUAACAGCAAGUCAAGUAUAAUACUUAUGUCUAUCAAUCCCCAAACUCAAAUUCCAAAUGAAAUUUAACACCAAAAAAAGAAAAUCCCCAAGGAUUGGCUUCCAUUGAUCCAAGGCCUUUGAAUAAAAUUAAAUCGCAAAUUUAUGCCAUAA